ACAGUGGUAGCAGUUGGAUUGACCAUUGCUGCUGCAGGAUUUGCAGGCCGUUAUGUUUUGCAAGCCAUGAAGCAUAUGGAACCUCAAGUAAAACAAGUUUUUCAAAGUCUACCAAAAUCUGCUUUCAGUGGUGGAUAUUACAGAGGUGGAUUUGAACACAAAAUGACAAAACGGGAAGCAGCAUUAAUAUUGGGUGUAAGCCCUACUGCCAAUAAAGGAAAAAUAAGAGAUGCUCAUCGACGAAUCAUGCUCUUAAAUCACCCAGAUAAGGGAGGAUCUCCUUAUAUAGCAGCCAAAAUCAAUGAAGCUAAAGAUUUACUAGAAGGUCAAGCUAAAAAGUGAAGUAAAUAUAUGCUGAAUUUUUUAAAGCAUCUACUAGUUUAUUAUGUAUACAAGCCUGACUUUUUAUAAUAAAAUGCCUCAAAACUUUGAUUUU